GAGAUAUAGUAUCUAUCACGGGAAAAUUUGUUAUAGAAAAUUCAGAACAAUAUAUAACAAUCGCCUCAGCCACUAAAGUCGAUAAGAAAGACUCGAGUGACGAAUUUAACCUGGAAUUGAUUCCCCUUAACACUCCCCACUUAAUGUUCAACACAACGGUCAUUUGCGACUUAAAUACUAUGGGUGAAACAAUCCAUUUCGGAGUAGAAACCAAAGAGUAUAACUCCUGCACCGGAAAUCGUGAUAUUUAUAUGCCCAUUACAGUUUUCUAUCCAAUUCAACACACGAGAUUUAACCACCUUCGCGCCAAUCUUAAAAUCGGUAAACCAUUAAUGAUAUCUGGGUUCUUGCACAUUAUCAAAUCAACAACCAUCAUGGUAGAAGCGACAGAUAUUGACUACCUAAGACAAGAGAUUAAUUAUAAC